CAUAGAAAAAUAUCCAGUGAGAAUUUCGUUCGACGUGUGUUGUGUAGUGCGAGUUCAUUAGAAUUUAAAAAUUUAUUGUCAAAUAACAAAUAAUUUUUGCUACAUGUGAAUCCACCACUAAUUUAAGAUUAUCUCCAAAGUGCAGUUAAAAUAAUUUGCUUACGUUUUGAUUAGUCAGUGUGUUGAAAAACCUUUAAGUGUUUAGUGAGAUCCUUUCACAAAAGAAUUGUUUUACCUGUGCGCAUAUUGAAGAUAAAUCAGACAAUUCCGGAAUGCAAACAGUUGAUCACGCAAGACGCUGAAGGUGGUGCAGUGUACGCGACAGUUUGGUAUGGGCUCGCGGUGAGACGCAAAGUAAACGAACACAAUGACAGAAGGCGAGAGACAGCAGAGUGCUGGCGGCGCAAACGCCGCGCCCCAACACAGAAAAGGGCACAGAAGACAAGAAUCCAUGUAUGCAAUGACGGGCCUGUACGCGGAGUCGGGGUGCGGUGAAAGUGGAGCGAGCGACACAGCCGGACCAAGCGCGCCACCGUCGUACCCCCCACGGGAGUCGAUCAAAUGUCACAGCAGGAACCCUUCUGCUGGAAUAUGUGACAGAGACCGGGAACGAGAGAAGGAGAAAGAAAAACCCCAUCAGAUAUUCCCAGAGAUAUUAGACAUUCCGCAUGACUCACGAGACUGUGGUAUCCUAUCUUGGAGGCCGUUAUUUAUCCAGAGAUUCUCUAGUAUUAAAGUAUUCGUAUUUUUCCUUUCGUUCCUAGUUACGCUGCAGCAGGCUUUAAGCUCUGGCUACAUCAACUCUGUGAUCACAACAAUCGAGAAACGCUUCGAAAUACCCUCCAGCCUCUCGGGGCUCAUAGCGAGCAGCUACGAGAUCGGCAACGUUAUUACAGUCAUUUUCGUGUCAUACUUGGGUAGCAGGAGACAUAUUCCGGUGUGGAUUGCAGUUGGUGCCGUUAUUAUGGGCAUCGGAUCGCUGGUGUUUGUCGUGCCGCAUUUUAUAGCGGAAGCGAACAGCGAAAUGUUGUCGAAUAAUAAAUCGGACGAUAACAUCUGCCGGCUCCCGCGAGCUCUCGAGCAGGAUAUGGGAGGCCUCGGUAGACUCUCGCAGGGCCUGCCUCCUGCCAAUUUGAGACCCGACAAUUGUAUUAAGAGUUCUCCGAGCACGUUUGUCCCAGUUAUGGUGUUCAUAGUAGCGCAAGUGCUAUUGGGAUGUGGGGGAUCACCACUUCUAACUCUCGGCACCACGUAUGUGGAUGACCAUGUGAGGCCAGAGUCUUCUAGUAUGUAUAUAGGUUGUAUGUACAGUAUGGGCGCUUUUGGUCCAGUUCUUGGAUUUCUACUUGGUGCCUAUCUUCUAUCCUUCCACAUGGAUUCCUUUUCUGGUGCUAUUAUAUCUAUAGAUCCCGGGGACCAUCGUUGGGUUGGAAUGUGGUGGGGUGGAUUCCUACUUGGCGGUCUGCUACUGAUACUAGUCGCUAUACCGUUCUUCUCAUUCCCAAAAGUGCUUGAGCAUGAGAAAGAAAAGAUUCGUCUAGUGGAAAAAGCGGCGGCCGCAAGCGGAUCGGGCACGAGCAAACCGCCGCCGAAACCGCAGAACGAUAUCCGAGACACCGGAUAUGGAAAGGAUAUUAAAGAUAUCCCCGUGUCAAUGUGGCGACUACUCAAAAACCCUGUGUACGUGGUGACCUGUCUGGGAGCGUGCAUGGAGCUCAUGAUAGUGUCAGGCUUCGUUGUGUUCUUGCCUAAAUAUCUUGAGACGCAGUUCAGCCUUGGAAAGAGCCAGGCCAGCGUUUUCACAGGGUCAAUAGCGAUUCCGGGGGCCUGUAUCGGCAUCUUCAUGGGCGGGUGCCUGCUGAAGCGGCUGGAGCUGCGGCCGAAGGGCGCCGUACAGUUCGUGCUCAUAUCAAACACCAUCUGCCUCUCGUGCUACGCUCUGCUGUUUUUCCUCGGCUGUGAUAACAUUAAAAUGGCUGGCACUACCAUACCCUAUACUAAUAAUAGCAACCUGGAGCCGUUCAAGGUGAACCUGACGGCGGCAUGCAACUUCAACUGCCUGUGCACGGAGACGGACAUGGAGCCGGUGUGCGGCAACAACGGCCUCACGUACUUCUCGCCGUGCCACGCCGGCUGCGCCGCUUUCUCGUCGCGCUCCAACUUCACCAACUGCGCCUGCGUGCACGAGAACCGCGGCGAGGUGGUGUCGGCGGUGGGCGGCGUGGUGGGGGCGGCGGCGUCGGCGCUCACGGCGGGCGGCGCGCGCGAGUACAGCGAGGUGACGGUGGUGCCGGUGGCCACGGCCGGCGCCUGCAACCCGCCCUGCACCACCAUCUUCCCCUUCCUCGUGCUGCUCUUCUUCAUGACCUUCGUCGUGGCCGUCACGCAGAUGCCGCUGCUCAUGAUUGUGCUCCGAUCGGUCAGUGAAGAAGAGCGUUCGUUCGCGCUCGGUAUGCAAUUCGUGAUAUUCCGUCUAUUCGGCUACAUUCCUGCGCCCAUAGUGUUUGGGAACCUCAUCGACUCCACGUGCCUGCUGUGGAAGCAAUCCUGCAGCGGCGAGAAGGGAGGCCGCUGUCUGCUGUAUGACAUCGAGCAGUUCCGAUACAGAUACGUCGGUCUAUGCGGUGGAAUAAAGAUAGUUGCUCUGGGCAUAUUCCUGGUGGACUGGUGGCUCGUGCGGCGCCGCAAGCACCUGGAGACGGCGCCGCCGCUCGACCCGCACAAGGACAUCGCCGGCUCCAUCAUCAGCCUCGACAAGUUAUUCGAAGAACUCCCUUCAGCGGACAACGCUAGCGGCUUCCGUUCUGGAAUCACCACCGGCCCCAGCUCCGCCAUCACCUCGCCCAUGGACCCCGACGCGGGCCACAGCGAGCACAACACCAAGCUGCAGCGAACCGACUCGCAAUACUCCCAAGAUUCACAGCCUCGCACCGUCGGGAAGAACUCCCGCGUUCUGGUCGCGUCUCGGCACCUUCGAAACGAUUCCAAAACUAUCCAGUUGGAGCCGCGAGGGAGACAACAUUCCCUGGAAGAGCCGGAGAGAAGUCGCGCGGUUCGGAGCGACUCGAGACACUCCCGGGACUUCCCGCGGUCCACAUCGAGGGACUUCCCCGGACACUCUAGGAACAGCUCCAGGGACUUCAAAGUACAUUCCCGAGGAGACUCGCGAGACCUGAGCCUCGAACAGCUCAAGCACCUAGCGAUCAAAAGCAUGGAGAGUCUCGACUUGACCGUCCUGCCGCUCAAUAAGUGCAUCGACGAAGAGAGCAAGCGUCUGAUCGAAGGCGCCGGCGUUCUGCGACACAGAAGAACCAACUCCAAAGACCUGAAACCACCGGAGACAAAACAUAAACGAACCUCGUCACACCACAUCACUAUGGAACCGAAUGAAUUGAGUUUACAGAUACAGAAGGGUCGCAGCGUUGAUCAACUUUCCGCUACGACCAUCGACCCUCGAGUCUGAGUACUCAUUUGCUCAAAUAGUUGUGAAUCUCAGCGCGAAGCAGCUAUCGGUAGGUAGCUAUGCCUAUCCACUAUAGCUGCAAAAACAUUCUAGUGAAAUUUUUAAUUAAUAAUGACAAGAUAAAUUAAAAAGUGAGUGAUAAAUUAAAAAAAAAAUAUCAAGAUUGACAAAAAUCACAGUGUUUCGUUGAAUGUGUUUUGAAAAAGACUGUACAAAUUAUUUCUUCUAUGCUUAGCCCAAUGCAAGUGAUUCGAAACCAUAUCUUAGUAGUUAUAAUAAAGCUUUCCAAUGAUGAAACUUGCUUUCUGCAGUUUUAGUAGUACCUAGUGUUUUAAAACCAAACCAAGUUAAUUUAUUUUGAAUUCAUAUCGAGACGAAUAUAAACGCAUUGUACAUACAUAUAGACUCGAUGUUAUUCACUACAUUGGUUUGCAUUCUAUAGGAUUAUAUUUUCAUAUUACUUUGAGUAGAAUUUAAAAUAGAAUAGUUUAGAUAUCCAUAUUUACAGAAAAAUAUGUAAAUACUGUCAAGUUAUUUAUGUUGAUAAACUGUACUUAAUGACAACCUUUGAUAAGCAAUAAUUCAAUGUUUUCAGUGUGAUACAGAUUAAAUGCUAUAUUGGACAGUGUCCAAAAAGAACACAAAUUAAUAUUUACACUAAAAAUAAUUAUCACAAGGCCUUAAACAUAUAAAGUAGAUAUUAUAAGUAAAGUUUAAUAAAUGCACUUUUCAGCUAUGGUUAUUGAACUGCUUUAACCGGUAACUCGCUGAUAUUGGCUCAUUCAAAAGAAAAUAAACGCGAAAUUGUCAAAAUAUAAGGUGCAUUUAUUAAACCAAAUUAGGAUAAAGUAAAAUUCACUUAUUUGUCCUGUAGAUAAUUCUAUUUGUUUUAUUAGUACCCCACGAUAAACGGUAGAAUGUUGAUUAUUGACCCGUUAUAUACUUAGAUAAUAAAAGACAAAAUUUUUGAUAGAAAAAAAUAUUAAAUCUGCACAAAAGACCUGUGAAUAUUAGAUAGAAAAAAUUUAUUUGUAUCAUGAAAAUAGACUUACAUUCCCUAAUAUCGAUAUGGCGAUGCACAUAAAUUAUAUGUAAUAGUUCACUUCAUAGUGUGAUUCCCUCUAAAAUAGUUUAGUAAUUACCUACCGCUUUUGUGGUGCUUGGUUUGAUUUGUUAAGUAUAAUUUGAAUAUUUGUGCCAUCUACAAACAUAGAGAAAUAUGUGCUCUUAAUUUAACUUAUCCAUUUGAAGUUUUAAUUCCUUGAGUUAGAUUGUCCUUCUUCUGCCAUUUUGUUUAAUUUUGUUUUGUGUUUGAUCAUUGAUAUUAUGCAUAAAAAAAUAUUGAUUUAAUUUGGCAAUGUUUCUGUCAACACAAUCAUUUAGAAAGUCUAGAAAGUUUAGAAAGACCAGUAUAUUUGCUACAAAAAUUGUGGCAGAUAAGUGAUGUGACUAUUUCAAAAUAUUUAUUUUAAUAACUUGCAUCAUACCAGUUCACAACAAUUAAAGAAAAUAUGAUGAUUAGAUUCACCAAUGUUAAACUCAAGCACUCCCUCCCAACUGUCUAUUAAAAUUUUGUGAUGCAAAUAUUAUGUGAUCUCAAAUUAUUUAUGAAGAGUGAGAUUUAUACACAUAAGUUUGUGAAUGAAAGAAAACAAGCUUUUCAUUUUUGUAUAAUUUUGAACCCUUUGUCCUUUAUUACAGCCCCUAUGUUUAGAAUAUAUUUUUGAUUUCUUCAAUGUUUUCUUGCCAUUUACCUUUUUCAAAUUAUUCACCUGAUUAAGCCUUAUAUUAAAUUCAUUUAUGUCUAUAAAAACAUGCAUUAUGUAAUGUAUUUGAAAAUCCCCUCAUUUCAUGAAAAAUUACUAAAAUUCUGUCAAUUUGUGGGCUGAUAAUUUAAAAUUUAAGAAUUCAAUUACUAUUGUAGUAAUAUUAUUUUAGUAUAAAUAUUUUAAAAUAAUUCACUAAUGUUAAGGGAGAGACAAUGGAUAGUGUCUGUGUAAAUUUUCGUCUUAUAAAUGUUAAGAGAGAAAUAGUUUGAUAUGAAUAAAGUGUUUAUCUAAAAAUGCCUUACAAUAGCCUUAAGACUUGAUACUGAUUUAGCUGUACCGUUGUCACUUCAAUCACGAAAGUAAUUGUUUGAUAAUGACAACUUCUAAACUAAUUUGUUGCAUUUAGUGAUUAAUAAAAAUUGCAUACCUAUUUUAAA